AUGGCGUUUGGAGUCUUCCAAGAACACUACAGCCGCCAGCCCGAGUUCCAAGACUCGCCAAAUAUCGCUGCGAUCGGCACCAUCUCGUCAAGCAUAUACUUCCUAGGGGCGCCUUUCGCUACGCGUCUGGUCACGCGGUUCCAACGUUGGCAGUACCACAUGGUGCUGGGAGGAACAACCACCUGCAUCCUAGCUCUUCUCGGUGCGUCCUUUGCCCGGUCUGUCAAUGUGUUGAUUGCGACGCAGGGAGUCCUCUACGGAACUGGAUUCCUGUUCCUCUAUUCCUCAUUACUCUCCAUGCUGAACGAAUGGUUCGUGCAACGGCGAGGGUUUGCCUAUGCGGUAGUCUUUGCCGGCGGAGGUUUCAGCGGUGUCGGCUUGCCAUUUCUCUUUGAGUGGCUUUUGGGUCGAUGGGGGUUUCGCUGGGCACUGCGAAUCUUUGUCGUGGUCCAACUUGUCCUCAUAGUGCCUAUUCUCCCUCUUCUUCGGGGGAGGUUGCCUGUGUCAACCCGGGCGACCGUACGACCUGUCGACCUGAGCUUCUUGAAGAACCCGGUCUUUUGGCUUCUGGCAGUGUCGAACUUGAGCCAGAGCCUCGCAUAUUAUAUCCCUUCACUCUACCUGCCGACAUUUGCCGCUGCUAUGGGUCUCUCCGGGCCUAUUGGCGCCCUUGUCUUGGCAGCACACAAUCUGGCUACGGUUGCCGGUCAACUCGGCUUCGGGUAUCUAUCUGAUCGUGUUAAUGACAUUUUCGUCCUUGUCAUCAUCACUACUCUGGUUUCUUCCGUCGCUACAUUUACGCUGUGGGGUCUUGCUCACUCUCUAACACCUCUGGUUCUGUUCACGAUUAUAUAUGGACUCUUUGCUGGAGCCUAUGUCGUUUUCUGGCAGCGUUUUGGAUCAAUGCUCUCUGACGACCCGCAGCCUGUCUAUAGCCUGAUGGCGUUUGGGAAGGGGGUUGGGAACAUAGUGAUAGCGCCAAUUUCACAGAGCCUAUUGGACAAACCCCUAUCCAGUAGCUAUGGGCUGGGGAAGUUUGGGUCUCUGAUUAUCUAUCUGGGUAGUUUGAUGUUUGUGUCAUCCAUUGGGGGAAUGGCAUGGCUUACAAGACGUGUUGUGCGUCGUCAGUAG